AUGAAACGUGUCACAUCAUAUUAUGGUGAUCCUUCUCCUUUAUCUUUGCCCCUUCAUGCGAGGCUAGAUGGGAGCGAUGGUCAGUGGCGAGCAUUAGAGCUCUGUUUAAUGCACCACUACACUACGUUGGUCUGCCUCACAAUGCCACACAGCGUAACUGCCAACACACAGAUGUGGCAGCAGACCAUACCACAGUUGUCAUUCCAGUCGGAAACCGUCUUGAACCCGAUGCUUGCACUCUCUGCGCUUCACCGACACAUGUAUUUUCCAAAAGAUGCUUUCGCGGCAAAAGCAUUGCAGAGGUACCUCGAUCGGGCACUUGUGCACCAUCACCUAGAAUUGUCAUCCCGUAAUGAUCUUUCACCCCAACUUUGGCUUUCUGCUAUUAUGCUCUCUCAUAUCUACUGGCUAAUCUCUCACCGACAGCACGAGAAUGAGGUGUACGAUAUCCCUAUACAGGUUUUUAAGAUGUUAGAAGCUACGAAUCGCCUUUUUGCAAGCAAGAAAGAGGUGCUCAAACAACUAGGCUAUGGCUGGAUAGGGAACGGAGCUACGCCUGAGACUGUCUUAGAGGAAUGGUUACCUGUCGCCGCCCAAGAGCAAUUACGAGAAAUUAAAAUGGAACUCACGCAGCUUUUGGAUGCAUUCAAUAUCAUUGAGAUGCAGCAUGAUGAAAGAAGCAUUUUAAUGCAAGCUAAAGACUAUGUGUUUAAAUGCUAUCAAGCUUACUACUCCGGCGCAACUGUAGCAGCCCUGCGGCCUUUUGUUGGUUUCAUGCCUGUCAAUUGCUCCUCUGAGUAUCUUGAGAUGCUUAGAAGACACGAUCCACUGGCAAUGGCGCUGAUGAGUAGGGCACUAGUCCUGUUGAAAGAACUUGAUCAUGUUUGGUGGUUGAAUGGAUUUGGUGCAUUUGAGGUUGUGCAACAAGACGUGCGAGGCAUUCGCCAUCUCAUGCCAGAAAAUUUGCGGUGGACCAUGGAUUGGCCAUGUAAGGUCUUAGAUGGAGAAGUGGUCCUAAAGGUUUAG